AUGGUCGCAUUCAGACCACCACCCCGGGGGACUUUGCGCUGGUGUCCUCAGGCUGUCAUGAUUGACCUCCCACAACCACAACUAGAUAUUCCCCUGCUGCCUCAUGUUCAGAAGUAUUUGAACUCGGUGAGAUACAUUGAAGAACUUCAGAAAUUUGUCGAAGAUGACAAUUACAAACUAUCAUUAAGAAUUGAGCCUGGCACCAGCACACCACAGUCCACUGCAUCAAGGGAAGAUCUCGCAGGACCUGAUGCAGCACCAUCCCCACAGAGUAGCCGACGAUACAUGGCAGCAGAGGCAGCCCUAAUGAAUGUACCACCAACUCCACCUUCUUCCAGGCACCUACUAACUCAUGGACAUAGGAAGUCCCACAGCCUAGGAUACAACUUUAUACACAAGAUGAAUACAGUAGAGUUUAAGAGUGCUACAUUUCCCAAUGGAAGACCUCGGCACCUGCUAGAUGACAGUGUAAUGGAAAACUACACUCCUUCAAGAGUUCAAGCAGAAAGUUCCACCAUUUCCAGUGGAAUAUCAAUAGGUAGCAGUGAGGGUUCAGAACUCAGUGAAGAUGUAUCUUGGCCAGCAUUCGAAAGGAACUGGUUCUAUUAUUCUCUCUGCCCGGUGGCACGGGCUGGAAGGAAUGGCUGUCGAAGCCACAUGAAGGCCCACAGUUCUGUGGAAUCCGAGGAACUGGCAGUAAAUCUCUUCCCAGGCACUGUUACAAUUCAAGGAGUUUUGAGAAGAAAGACCCUACUGAAAGAAGGCAAAAAGCCUACGGUAAGGAAUGAUUUCAAUAAUGUUGUUUGUUGGCAGCAGAAGAAGCCAUGA